AUGCCGGCAGCAAAGUGGACCACCGAUGAACAGUACGUCUGGCUUCAAGAUCGGUUAGCGACGUAUAUGGUCCACGCGAAGGAAAAGGAUUACUCACGUUUCUGGGCUCCGUGUCGUAUAGCCUGGUUCGCGCAGUUCCCAGAACGUGCGGUGGUCUAUCCUGACAUCCCCAAGGAUGUUGAGCUUACCUGCGAGCAGCAAAAGGUCGUUGAGCUCGCAGAGGAGGCGCGUGAGGCGCAACUACACACCUGGUUUCGCUGGCGUGUCAAUAAAUCUAAGAAGAACCGCAGCCUAAAGAAGAAACUAACAGUCUUUGACGAUACUCUGCAGCCGAAGAGACGCGCGAAGUCAGAGGCUGAAAUUUAUUCAGAGUUGUAUUAUGACGAGCGUAUCAAGCCCUUGGUGAUGGCCGAGCAAGAUGCCGGAAACGUGGCAACGUCCGGCAAGCGCGUGGCCCUUGGUCGAAAAUUCUCGAAGGAGUUACUGGAAGAUGAGACUGAAGAGAUCAAGGCAGAGAUUCGUGAAAAGUAUGAGGAACAACUCACUCACAAGAAGCGCGCCAAGCGUGAGAAGAACGUUCUUGACGAUGACGCCGACAACGACGACAACGAAGAGUUAGAUGCGGAGGCAAUCAUGCAAGGUAUAGAUGACUUACCUGUCAUUUGUCGACGCUUCGCGAAGCUUGUCAAGCAGAAGACUCGCUUCAUGGUCUCGUUUAUGUUUGCUGGUCCUGAUCCUAGAAAUGACUGGGACAUGACGACAUUAUCGUGUCAUCCUUCAGAAACACCUCAAGGCGAUUCCUUUGCCGAGCUAUACCAGACGGCUGAUAGCGACUUCUUGGCAGCCUUCCAGCAGUACGCAGAACAAAUAUUUCCUGGCAACAAGCGGAAGCCCGACAACAAGGCCGAAAGCAGUGAGAUUGGAGGCAUUGCUGAGGAAGAGUCUGAGGAGCGUGAAGAGGAUGGGGAGGAGUGUGAAGAGGAUGGGGACAAAGACGAGGAAGGCGAAGAAGACGAGCCCAAUGCGCAGUCUACAGACGUCGAGGAAGAAUCUCAGCUAAAUGUGGAUGAGGGCGAGGCGAAUCAGUACAUGGAGUCUGCAGUCACUCUUCCCAUCCCUGGUGCAUCCUUAGGCGAUGCAUCUGAUGCAUCAAGUCUUGGGGGAUCAUCUGUGAUGCACGCGUCGAUGGAGACGACUGCCAGUUUACCGUCCUAUGGCACGCCGUUCUAUGGCAUGUCAAUGUAUGACACGCAGCCUCAGCCCAUGUACGGCGCCCAUGCCAUGUAUGGUGGACAGGAUCAAAUGUAUGGCAUGCAAGGACCAACAUAUGACGCGCAGGGCACCAGCCAUGCUUUACUCGCCGGAAAUUCCUGCCUCACUGGGUCUGAUGCAUCGCUUCACUCUCAAGGAACCGCAUUCCCACUACAGACGACUAACCACUUCGAUUUCGGCAUCCCUCCUUCUAAUUCGUUCAUGCCAGGCGCCGUCACCCCCGAGUUUUCGUUCGAUCAGGGAUUCCAGGCUGCAAAUUGGAACAACCAGGCCUGGAGCGUGAACAACAACAAUCCAGGCUGGAAUUUCAGUUCUGCUGAACGAAGCAGCCUGCAGGACUCACUCGACUCACUUCCUGCUCUGCCUCCUCCUGCCAGUGAGCCCAAUGAGGACUCGCGACCUGUUCUACCUUCUCCCAACCCGAUCCUGAGUACGGACGAUACUUCUCUCCCUCCUGUUCUACCUUCUCCCAACCCGAUCCUGAGUACGGACGAUACUUCUCUCCCUUCCAUCGGCAAGGCUCGCACGACGACUGGCAGAAGGGUUGCCCAGAAGGCUACCAAAAAGGGAGACAGCCAGAAGCGUCCUAAUACUAAGUCGACCAAACCCUCAGCUGAAACAGCAACACAGCCGUCUCCCAUUGUGUGUGCCACCAAGAACAAGCAGCCGGCUAAAUCCUCUUCCAAGAAGUCGUCUGUCGCUAAGCCAUCGCCUGGUCAGGCUAUACCCUCCAUUGAAACGGUCGCUCAGCCCUCUGCCCCUUCUGCCCAGUGCACGACCAAAAAAAGGCAGCCACCUGCUGCUAAGCCGUUGGCUGAUGAGUCUGCCGCUACCACAAGGGAGCCCUCACCCGGUCCUUCACCCAACCCUAUUGUCAAUGUAACUGGUGGUGCCUCCAGCGCUUCAUCAUCAGACAGCUUGAUGAAUGUCGCUUUGGACACUGAAGUGCGCAGAAAGCGCGUGCCAAUCAAAUCUAGACGCAAUGACCUUGCAGAUGCUAUUGGGACUAACGGUGUUUCGUUCUACGCUGGGAAGGAGAAUUUAUUGGAGGCCGAAGCACCUCGCUUGUUGAAGCGGCCUGCGCAAAGUGAGGCUUCCAGUGCUCCCAAGAAAAAGCGGACCAAGGCGUGA